AACACAUGGUAGCCGCACGCUGCUAGGUUUGAGUGGAUUUCGCCGGAGCUAGCGGGACCUUCUCUCUGGGUGACUGAUCUCAAAACUGACUCGAACGAUGCUGGCCUCCAAGCACACGCCAUGGAGGCGGCUUCAGGGCAUUUCCUUCGGAAUGUAUUCGGCUGAGGAGCUCAAGAAAUUAAGUGUUAAAUCCAUUACAAACCCUCGCUAUGUGGACAGCCUGGGAAACCCUUCAGCAAAUGGCCUGUAUGAUUUGGCUUUGGGUCCUGCAGAUUCCAAAGAAGUGUGCUCCACCUGCGUGCAAGACUUCAGCAACUGCUCGGGACACCUGGGCCACAUUGAGCUCCCGCUCACAGUGUACAACCCUCUGCUCUUUGAUAAACUCUACCUCUUGCUCCGAGGCUCCUGUUUAAAUUGCCACAUGCUGACUUGUCCUCGGGCUGCCAUUCACCUGUUGGUCUGCCAGCUGAGGGUCUUGGAAGUUGGAGCCCUACAAGCAGUCUAUGAACUUGAGCGGAUUCUGAGCAGGUUUCUGGAAGAAACUGCUAAUCCUUCCGCCUUCGAAAUUCAAGAAGAGUUAGAAGAGUACACAAGCAAAAUUCUGCAGAACAACCUCUUGGGGUCCCAAGGUGCACAUGUGAAAAAUGUCUGUGAAAGCAGGAGCAGACUCAUUGCUUACUUCUGGAAGACACAUAUGACCGCUAAGCGAUGUCCCCACUGCAAGACCGGACGGUCAGUGGUUCGAAAGGAACACAACAGUAAGCUGAUAAUCACAUAUCCAGCCGCAGUGCACAAAAAGUCUGGCCAGAAGGAUGCAGAGCCCCCAGAAGGAGUACCAGCAGCUCCAGGAAUUGAAGAAGCUCUGAUGGGGAAGCGAGGGUACCUGACACCUAGCAGCGCCCAAGAGCAUCUUUUUGCCAUUUGGAAGAAUGAAGGAUUCUUCCUGAAUUACCUUUUUUCUGGAUUGGAUGAUAUGGGCGUGGAGUCUAGUUUCAACCCCAGUAUGUUCUUUCUAGAUUUCAUAGUGGUGCCGCCCUCCAGGUAUCGUCCUGUCAAUCGCCUGGGGGACCAGAUGUUUACUAAUGGCCAGACAGUGAACUUACAGGCUGUAAUGAAGGAUGCAGUUUUGAUCCGGAAACUUCUGGCAUUGAUGGCCCAAGAACAGAAGCUGCCCUGUGAGGUGACAGAACUCAUCACAGACAAGGAAAAUGACUCUUCAGUUGCUAUCGACCGAUCCUUUUUAAGUAUGCUUCCAGGCCAGUCUCUCACAGAUAAACUUUACAACAUUUGGAUUCGCCUUCAGAGCCAUGUCAAUAUUGUGUUUGACAGUGAGAUGGACAAAUUAAUGUUGGAAAAGUACCCUGGCAUAAGACAGAUCCUAGAGAAGAAGGAAGGCCUGUUCCGGAAGCACAUGAUGGGAAAACGAGUCGACUAUGCAGCCCGCUCAGUCAUCUGCCCAGACAUGUACAUCAAUACCAAUGAGAUUGGAAUUCCCAUGGUAUUUGCCACAAAACUCACCUACCCUCAGCCAGUUACCCCAUGGAACGUGCAGGAACUAAGACAAGCAGUCAUCAAUGGACCCAACGUGCACCCAGGAGCCUCCAUGGUCAUCAAUGAGGACGGCAGUCGCACAGCCCUGAGUGCAGUGGACGCUACCCAACGGGAAGCUGUGGCCAAACAGCUCCUGACACCAGCCACAGGGGCUCCUAAGCCUCAGGGGACAAAAAUUGUGUGCCGGCAUGUGAAGAAUGGGGACAUUCUCCUGCUGAAUCGGCAGCCCACCUUGCACAGACCCUCCAUCCAGGCCCACCGUGCCCACAUUCUGCCUGAAGAAAAAGUCCUACGCCUUCACUAUGCCAACUGCAAAGCCUACAAUGCUGACUUUGAUGGGGACGAGAUGAAUGCCCACUUCCCCCAGAGCGAGUUGGGCCGAGCUGAAGCCUAUGUCCUGGCCUGCACUGAUCAGCAGUAUCUUGUUCCCAAGGAUGGCCAGCCAUUGGCGGGAUUGAUUCAAGAUCACAUGGUUUCAGGUGCAAACAUGACCACUCGGGGAUGCUUUUUCACCCGGGAACAGUACAUGGAGCUGGUAUACCGAGGGCUCACAGACAAAGUGGGACGGGUGAAACUCUUUCCUCCGGCCAUCCUGAAGCCCUUCCCACUGUGGACAGGAAAGCAGGUUGUGUCAACCCUUCUCAUAAACAUAAUCCCAGAGGACUACAGCCCCCUGAAUUUAUCGGGAAAGGCAAAAAUCGGCAGUAAAGCCUGGGUGAAGGAAACUCCACGGCCUGUCCCUGACUUUGACCCUGACUCCAUGUGUGAGUCCCAGGUGAUCAUCAGGGAAGGGGAGCUUCUCUGCGGAGUGCUGGACAAGGCCCACUACGGGAGCUCUGCCUAUGGCCUGGUCCACUGCUGCUAUGAGAUCUAUGGGGGCGAGACCAGCGGCAGGGUUCUCACUUGCCUAGCCCGCCUCUUCACUGCCUACCUGCAGCUCUAUAGAGGUUUCACCUUGGGUGUAGAAGACAUUUUGGUUAAGCCAGAUGCAGAUGUAAAGAGACAGCGCAUCAUUGAAGAAUCUACCCAGUGUGGGCCCCGGGCUGUCAGGGCUGCGUUGAACCUGCCAGAAGCUGCAUCAUGUGAUGAGAUCCAAGGGAAAUGGCAGGAUGCCCAUCUGGGCAAAGACCAGAGGGAUUUUAACAUGAUUGAUAUGAAGUUCAAGGAGGAAGUGAACCACUACAGCAAUGAGAUCAACAAGGCAUGUAUGCCUUUCGGCUUGCACAGACAGUUCCCCGAGAACAACCUGCAAAUGAUGGUGCAGUCAGGAGCCAAAGGGUCAACCGUGAACACGAUGCAAAUCUCUUGCCUGCUGGGCCAGAUUGAGUUGGAAGGUCGGAGACCCCCGCUGAUGGCAUCUGGCAAGUCACUGCCCUGCUUUGAGCCUUACGAGUUCACACCUAGGGCUGGUGGCUUCGUCACUGGAAGGUUCCUUACUGGCAUCAGGCCUCCCGAGUUCUUCUUUCACUGCAUGGCGGGACGAGAAGGCCUGGUGGACACCGCUGUCAAAACCAGCCGGUCUGGCUAUCUCCAAAGGUGCAUCAUCAAGCACCUGGAGGGGCUGGUCAUCCAGUAUGAUCUGACAGUCCGAGAUAGCGACGGCAGCGUGGUACAGUUCCUGUACGGGGAGGAUGGCCUGGACAUCCCCAAGACACAGUUCCUGCAGCCCAAGCAGUUCCCCUUCCUGGCCAGCAACUAUGAGGUGAUAAUGAAAUCCAAGCAUCUCCAUGAAGUUUUGUCCAGAGCAGAUCCCCAGAAAGUGCUCCGCCACUUCAAAGCCAUUAAAAAAUGGCAUAGCAAGCAUUCCAAUGCACUGCUGAGAAAAGGCGCCUUCCUGAGUUUCUCCCAGAAGAUUCAGGCAGCUGUGAAAGCCUUGAACCUACAGGGCAAGAACCAGAAUGGUCGCAGCCCAGAAACCCAGCAGAUGUUACAGAUGUGGUAUGAAUUAGAUGAGAAGAGCCGAUGGAAAUACCAGAAGAGGGCCGCUCCUUGUCCUGACCCUAGCCUGUCUGUGUGGCGCCCAGACAUCUUCUUUGCAUCUGUGUCUGAAACAUUUGAAAAAAAGAUUGAUGACUACAGUCAGGAGUGGGCAGCCCAAGAAGAGAGGAGUUACAAGAAAUCAGAGCUUUCUCUCGACAGGCUGAAAACCUUACUGCAGCUCAAGUGGCAGCGCUCACUGUGUGACCCAGGGGAGGCUGUUGGCCUACUGGCCGCCCAGAGCAUCGGGGAGCCCUCCACACAGAUGACACUGAACACCUUCCACUUUGCAGGCAGAGGCGAAAUGAACGUCACCCUGGGUAUUCCAAGACUGAGGGAGAUUCUUAUGGUGGCCAGUGCCAACAUCAAGACACCCAUGAUGAGCGUGCCUGUGUUUAAUACCAAGAAAGCAUUGAAGAGAGUCAAGAGCCUAAAGAAGCAGCUUACCAGGGUGUGCCUGGGGGAGGUAUUGCAGAAAGUUGACGUCCAAGAGUCUUUCCAUAUGGGAGAAAAACAGAACAGAUCCCGGGUCUAUGAGCUCCGGUUUCAGUUCCUGCCACAUGCAUAUUACCAGCAGGAAAAGUGCCUGAGACCUGAGGACAUCUUACACUUCAUGGAAACCAGGUUUUUCAAACUACUAAUGGAAGCCAUCAAAAAGAAGAAUAGCAAAGCAUCAGCCUUCAGAAGUGUGAAUAGUAGAAGAGCUACACAGAAGGACCUUGAUGACGCGGAGGACUCGGGCAAGAGUCGGAGAGAGGAAGAAGGGGAUGAAGAAGAGGAGGGGAACAUUGUGGAUGCUGAAGCCGAGGAGGGGGAUGCAGAUGCUUCUGACACCAAACGCAAGGAGAAGCAAGAGGAAGAGGUCGACUAUGAGAGUGAGGAAGAAGGGGAGGAGGAGGCAGACGAGGAGGAUGUACAGGAGGAAGAGAACAUUGAUGGUGAAGGUGCCCACCAGGCCCACGAGCCGGGUGAGGAAGAGGGCUCCGCCCUGGAGGAGGAGGCAUCCCAGAACCCUGCCCGCCGGCACUCCAGGAGCCAGGGAGCCGAGGCGGUGGAACGCCGGGUCCAGGCUGUACGGGACGCCCACUCGUUCAUUGAGGACUACCAGUAUGACACAGAGGAGAGCCUGUGGUGCCAGGUGACUCUGAAGCUCCCACUGAUGAAGAUUCAUUUUGACAUGAGCUCCUUGAUUGUGUCCUUGGCCCACAAUGCCGUUGUCUAUACAACCAAGGGCAUCACUCGGUGCCUUCUGAAUGAAACGACCAACAGUAAGAAUGAAAAGGAGCUUGUGCUGAGCACAGAGGGAAUCAACCUCCCCGAGAUGUUUAAGUACUCCGAGGUGCUGGACCUGCGCCGCCUCUACUCCAACGACAUCCACGCCAUGGCCAACACUUAUGGCAUUGAGGCCGCCCUGCGGGUUAUUGAGAAGGAGAUUAAGGAUGUGUUUGCUGUGUAUGGCAUUGCAGUUGAUCCUCGCCAUCUCUCUCUGGUCGCUGAUUAUAUGUGCUUUGAGGGUGUUUAUAAGCCACUCAAUCGCUUUGGGAUCCAGUCGAGUUCCUCCCCUUUGCAGCAGAUGACAUUUGAAACCAGCUUCCAGUUUCUCAAACAGGCCACCAUGAUGGGAUCCCAUGAUGAGCUGAAGUCACCCUCAGCCUGUCUCGUGGUGGGGAAAGUCGUCAAAGGCGGGACAGGCCUAUUUGAGCUCAAGCAGCCCCUAAGAUAGCACCGUAGCCUGGAGGACCUGGGGAUGGGCACAGCUGGCAGUUCAGAGUGACACAGCAAAGCAGUGACCUUGGGCUCCGGAAAGCAGCUGGCCUGGGCUAGGCCAACUUCACUUUGCCUUUCCCGUCUCAGAAUGAGUGACAAGGCUUCACCUGUGCUCCAGGAGGCCUCAGCCAAAUCCCUGACCGAUGCCCAAGACAUGAUGCAGGGAAUUCCGCUGUGAGCCAGUGCCGGCGCCAGCACUGCGUCCAUUGCUAGUGGCUAAGGAAGCAUACUUGAGGGCCCCUGAAGAACCAGAGGGGACACGAAACCUGCCCCCGUGUACCCUUCCCUGCUGCAGCCUCUGGGCCAAAGACAAGAGUGACACAAGGCCCUGGCCCUGCUGCCAUUGCUGUGUGACUGUGUGCACUCGAGCCGACUGGCCCCAGCCAGGAACGUCUCUACCUCACACACAGAAAGCCCCAAGUUCCCACUCGGCAUUCAGUAAGUAGCCCGACCUUCCUGCCUCUGCUCCCAGCUUGAUGGCAGACCACAGUUACCACAGGCCCUGCCCUGUGGGGUCUUGAAGGCGCGCAGUAAGGUGCCCUGACUUAGACAGGGAGGGCAGAGGCUUUGUUGGGCGCUGCCGCUUCUAUCUGUGCUCACUGUUGUUCCAGCGUGGACUGAGUAAUAAAUGUGGCCAGGACUGGCUGUUGGGAGAGAA